AUGUCGGCACGACGAGCUCAAGAAGACGAAGCCAGUGGAGAUAAAGAAGCGACAUUCUGGAAUGGGCAAGAGGAUUGUUCAGACACAAAAGCCGAUCGCUAUGUAACCACGACCAAACAAGAUGCAGCUCGGCAAGCCGACAUACAGUUUCGCCAGAAGUUUGGAGAUGCCGGUCCCCUUGGUCUGUCUGGGUUUGCCUUUGCGACAUUCUUAACAGCCUUGGUCAAUCUCAAUGUUGGCGGCGUUACUAUUCCCAACAUUGUCAUUGGGCCGGCUUUGGUUUAUGGAGGCCUUGCCCAACUUCUCUCAGGAAUGUGGGAUAUCGCCAAUGGCAACACAGUUAGCGCAACUAUUGCCUGCUCGUAUGGCUGCUUCUGGAUCUCCUUUGCCAUAAGUCUCAUUCCUAGCUUCCACGUAAGGGAUGCUUACCCCAGUGUUGCCGACUAUAACCAUGCCAACGGAUUGUUUCUUAUGGGAUUCUUCAUCUUCUCAGUGGCCAUAACUCUGUGCUCCAUGAAGUCGAAUGUCUUUUCUCUGACACUUUGCCUCCUUGUCAACUGCACCUGGCUGUUCCUCGGUGUAGCUAACCUGUGCACUGAAGAGUCCGGAGCUCCUAAUAACGUGCUGAUCAAGUGUGGUGGCGUUACUGGCUUGUUGGUUUCGUUCACGGCGUGGUAUCUUAUGUACGAGGGCCUGGCAAACAGGCAGAACAGCUUUGUUGUGCCAUCGAAUCCUGAUCUCCCAUGGAACCCAAGCCGACGACCAUGA